UCUGCAUAACGACAGAUCACUGACGUCGGCAGCAUCCCAUUGGUUGUGGGCCAAGGCAUCAGUUUAGCUGGCAGACAACGUGAAAGUGUUACUCUCUCACAUUGCCACAUUACCCACACGUUAGUAUUAUUUCUGGCCGUGCAGUUCUGUCAUGGAGCACAUAAAAGAUGGAUGGUUUACUGAAUCAUGCGCGCUAUGGCCUGGGCAAGCAAUGAGCCUUCAAGUAGAAGAGGUCCUCUACCACAAGAAAUCCGAUUUUCAAGAUGUUAUGGUUUUCAAGAGUAAAACCUAUGGGAAUGUCUUGGUGCUGGAUGGAGUGAUUCAGUGCACAGAAAGGGAUGAGUUCUCCUAUCAAGAGAUGAUAGCCCACCUUCCCUUGUGCAGUCACCCCUGCCCCAAGAAGGUGCUGAUUAUUGGAGGUGGAGAUGGCGGAGUGCUACGGGAAGUGGUGAAGAAUCCGCUGGUGGAGUCGGUGGUUAUGUGUGAGAUAGAUGAGGAUGUCAUUAAUGCGUCGAAGAAGUUCCUCCCAGGGAUGGCCAAAGGGUUUUACAGUCCCAAGCUCACCCUCCAUGUUGGAGACGGCUUUGAAUUCAUGAAGAAGAACCAGGAUGCCUUUGACAUCAUUAUAACCGAUUCCUCAGACCCUGUUGGACCUGCUGAGAGUUUGUUCAAGGAGUCUUACUAUCAGCUGAUGAAGACAGCGCUGAGAACCGGUGGAAUUCUUUGUUCGCAGGGAGAGUGUCAAUGGCUCCAUUUGGAGCUGAUAAAGGAGAUGCGAACCUUUUGCAAGACCCUAUUCCCUGUGGUAGACUACGCCUACACCACCAUCCCAACUUAUCCCAGUGGCCAAAUUGGAUUCAUGCUCUGCAGUACAAAUCCUGAAACAAAUUUCCUGGAACCAAUGACAGCAUUAUCAAAAGAAGAAAUGGAAAGUAUGAAUCUUAAAUAUUACAACCCUGAAAUUCACAAAGCAUCGUUCGUCCUGCCAGAGUUCGCUAGAAAGUCGCUAUCUUCUUUACCAUUUACAGGUUCUCAAUGAAGCAUGACCAACAACAAGCGACCACCAUGUUCCUCCUCUACCUGGCCCUCAGACUGCAGAUGCUCCACGUCUUCUGCUCCUCAACACAGAUCAGUAACACAGGAGAGAGUAGCCUCCAACAUUUCACAGGUGGAGGCAUAUAAUAAUCAGCGGGUGGGACCUUGCUCAGUUACAUAGUGUUCCAAUGUUUUGUUCCUUCCAGUCUUACAGUCUUUUAUUUAAAUAUACUGAUGUAUAUUUUGGUUUUUCAAUUUUUUUUUACAUCUGUAAAUGUCUUAUCAGCAUUUUUGUCAAGAGCUAAAUAAUGGGCUGGUCCGAGCAGGAAGAGCAUUGCGGUGGAAACCUAACCUCACUCUGAAACUGUGUACUGUCUAUCGAACUCACUGCAUCUACCCACUAUGUAAUACGUUACUUACUACAUGGAUAUGGACAUGUAAUGUAUUGCUUUACUUUUAUUUGUAAUGUUAAUCAUCGGUUUGUGCUCAUAGGAAAAUGCAGAGUUGCCAUCUGUCAUGACUGUAUAUUCAAAAUAUGUCUACUCUACACACGAACCCUAUAGUGCCUGAAAUUGGUUGUUUGUUGUUUGAAAACUUGUUCUUUAUCUAUCAAAGUGUACCAGGCACCUAAAGUGGCCUAGAAGAAAGUUCAAGUGUCCAUUGUUGAGAAAGUAUCCCUUUAUAAUAAUACCAAUUAAGGAUGAAUAGAGUUGCUCAGCUUUGACCAUAUGUUGGAAAUGAAAGUCUUUAAUUUUACAGUGUUAAACAUACAAAUGAAUCAGCAGGCUAAUGGAGCUUUACAAAGCAAGACAUUUUUUAAAGAUGUGAAUUGAAUAUGAUAUUCACUUAAAGUGUUGGGUAUUGACUACCAGUGGUACUUGUGUUCUGUAGUAAGCCUGUAGUCCUUACCGGCUCUGAUCUUCAGUACUCAUUCGCUUCAAGUCCACAUUGAAUCUAUUGAGAAAUGGUUUCAUACAUGAGCAAUGAAUCUGAUUUUUUUUUUUAAAGAACUAAUAAACUGGUAAAAUAAAA